GUAGGUAACUCUGAAUUUUAUUGUCAUUUUGACGUAGACCGUUUGGCAUCCACUGUUUUGUGACAUUUUGGAAGUGUAUUGUAAUCGAUUGUUUUGUUAAAAUAUACAGUUAAAUAUUUUUAGAUCACAAAGAUAUUGCAACGAUUCUUUGGUUCUUUUCCAGUAAAGUAAAUAUACAUUUCAAUUCAAAAUGGCUAACAAGGAAGAAGAUGAGACCUUUCAAGAGGAAGAAGUCUAUAUUAAUCCUGAAGAUGGUAUGCCGAACGUUCAUCCAAACAUUGCUGAUAUAGAACAAGACACUGACUCUCAUGACGAAUUAAAUGAAUUCGACGAUUUACCAAAAUCCGUCAUUGUCACCAACAUUCACAGCGACGUGUUCGCCGAUGAAAAAUUGAAAAAGGAAUUAGAAGAUUUAUUCCGCACAUUUUCGGAUAAUAUAACGUUUCAGUGGUUAAAAAGUUUUAAACGUCUACGUGUUAAUUAUGACAGUCCUUUGGCUGCGGCAAACGCGCGUGUGCAACUCCACCAAUACCAAUUUCAUAAUUCGUGCAUAAAUUGUUAUUUCGCCCAGCCCGUUACGCCGAUAUCGUUAAAGAAUUUGAAACCCCCGGCGCCUGUGAAACAAUUUCUAAUUUCGCCACCAGCCAGUCCUCCUGUAGGUUGGGAACCGCGUGAAGAAGGGGAGCCUAUAGUAAAUGCAGACUUAUUGGCAGCCAUAGCGAGUUUGGCACCAGGAGAAAGUCACGAGCUCCAUGCGCCGACUCCUACUCAACCGGCAAUUAUUGUUCACACAGCACUGUCAACUGAUACUACUGCACCAAUAGGUCGUAAGAUUCAACACACCAGAUGCCCUGAAUAUUGAUAUGCCUUGUUGAUAUUUUUAGAUAAAUUGUAAUUUUAGAGUAGAGAGCAGUCUAAAUGCUUUUAUUAUGUCACAUAAGUCAAUUUGUCUGACUGGUGAUGCCAAAGAUAGUGCAGAUUUACUAUAUCCAUUGACAAAACGUCUGAUAGUUGUCCUAAAAAGGCUUAUAGUGAAUUUGCUUUUGUUUUGUUUAAUCCAUCAUGUAAAGUGAUUGUUAAAAUUAUAUUGGUGCUAUUUUUUGAAUAACAUAACAUUUAUGUUUAUGAUUCUUAGAUAAUAUAGAUUUAAUUUUUAUAUGUAAAUGAACAAGUAACACCAAUGUUGAAAGUAUUUGUAAAAUGAUGAAAUUGUUGUUAAAUCCAAAAUUAAUAUUAAGUAUUAGAAAAAAAUUUAUAGCACAUAUCAAGGCUCUUUAUAGCCAUUAUUAGUUGUUCAUGUUACUUUUGCUCAAUCGCUUAUCUUGAACUACCAAAUAUCUACUAUUUUUGUACACAAACAAUUUGCUAAACGAUGAAGCUGAUUGUUUUUAAUUCUUUAAUAUGUAUGCUUUCAUCGACUGGACACUAAUUUAUGAUCACAAUAUAUGAAUCUCAAUUAUAUAGAUUUGAGUGUUUAGCUUAUGUAUUAAGGUUUAAUUUAUUGAACAAAGGUAGUAUAAAACUAUAAAAUGAUGUUGAUACAGGUGUAUAAAUAUAUUGAAAUAUAGGAAAUGCAUUACAAGAACUGUAUCUAUAGAUACAAAGUGUAAUAGACAUUAGCAGAUAUUAGGUAGUUAAAGAGCUGUUUUGCACCACUUAUUCAGGGUUUAGGAACUUAUGUAUUAUUUUAAAAGGGAUGUUAUUUUGGCUUGCCCGUUAAUUAUGUAAAUGAAUAUAAUUUAUUACUUAAAAUAUUUACAAACAUGAUGCGAAAUGGCGCACUUGCCCAAAUUUUUAAUUUUCUUCUUACCUCAUGGACUGUCCUUAAGACAUUUUUGUCUGCCAUAUUGUGGAUAUUUGUUAUACUGUGGAAGUGUAGAUACAAAUUCAUAGUGGUUAAUUCUUUGUUUUGUCUAUUUAUAAUCUAAUGUUGGCGAAAUUAUGGCAAUGUAGAAGGAAAAGAAUUGAAUUACUGUAAAACUACUUAAAUAUGUAUUUUAAAGAAUGAUCUAUUUCAAAUUUAUUCUAUAAUUAAGAUGUAUUCAUAAUAAGGUACAUGUGCAAGCCCUAAUUAUAAACUCUUAACAUCUCUGUUUAUUAAUAGAUAAAUUAAAGAGUAAAUGCUUCUGUAGAUGUUUGAUAUAUUUUAAGAUGUAUGUUACCUAAAUUCACGUACUUAAAACAUACUUGUAGCCAAUUUCACAACUACGGGGUAUGUUCUGAUUAUCUUAUCUAACAUUUUAAAUGAUAAUCUAUGAAAGCAAGUGCAAAGUAUUAAGUAGGUGUGGGUAGUUGUGAAAGUGGCCCUUAGUGUUACAUUUUCUAUCUGUGGUCUAUAUUAAUUGUUCUAAGUCUCUGUGUUGUGGUCUCGUGAUAAAUUUUAAACAGCUUUAUAAAUUAGUUGCUUAACCAAAUUGUUAUUUUUUAUCAAUAAGAGAUGUUUGUCAAAUACAAUAUGUAUUAUUAUAUUUUUAUGUUAA